CAACAAGCCUACAUUUCAUCGGCCCCUGCACCAGCUGCCACCGUUCAACAAGUCGCCCAACAUGUUCACCAACACACUCAUACUGUCGAAAAAGUCAGCGUACCAGUUCCAUACACAGUUGAUCGCACUGUCGUCAAGCACGUUCCAAUCGACCGUCCAGUGCCACAACCAUACCCAGUAGAAGUCAUCGAACACAUUCCUCAACCCUAUGUCGUAGAUCGUCCAGUGACACAACCAUACGAAGUCCGCGUUCAAGUUCCAGUUCCAAAGCCAUACGCCGUCCCAGUUGACCGUGUCCAAACUGUCAUUGAAAAAGUGCCAGUUCCUCAACCGUUCACAGUUGACCGUCCAGUUCCACAACCAUACCCAGUAUAUGUUCAACACCAACAACACGCUUUCGCUGUUCACGCUGCUCCAUCUUUUGCCAUCGAACACCACCAUGAACCAGCUCUUGCCUUGCACGCCGCCCCAGUUGCUAUCAGCGCUCAUGGACACUUAGCCGAAGGUGCUUUUUACGCCGGAGAGCAUCACCAUCAUCACCAUGGUGCCCUCGCUCAUCAUUUCUAA